AAGAAUAGCAUCCUGCUAAAAACCCAGCCCCUACGUCACAAACAAGUCGUACCUGGUCGUACCCACACAUCUGAACCAUCGCAUUCAUUUCAUUACGUAACCGGUAACACGAAACGCUACGAGCCCUUCGGCACGCCGCUUGGCUAAUUACAUGUAAGCCAGCAAACACUUUACCCAAAUCAACGCGGCAGUUACAGUGCCUUAUGAACACCUGUGGUCGUACCACUGAAUCUUAGCAACUCCUCUCGAAGGGAAGUGGGCGCGACUACCAUACAUGUCAUGGAAUUAGGCGCCAAGGACGGGGAUACCCACAGGCAGGCACAGGUUCAAUGUGAUGACACGGUAAACUCGGAAAAGCCGAGCUUCCUCUGCAUGUCCGGGCCUGGCGCCGCGCUUGCCGGUCAGAACCGGUUUUAUACGGAUGAGCCGGCCUUGGCAGUCCAGAGCGGAGUGGUGCGAAUAUUCUGUGACUGUGUACAGACGGCGGACGGUGGCCGGUGGUUUUAGUUUUGUGUGCGAGUGGAGAACACCGAACUUGUAAAUCGACUCGACAUGGCGUUGCAAUGCGUGCAUCGGUACUGCAAUGGAGUGGUGUUGCUUCUCUUGCUGAGUAGCCAGGGUUCAGCCCAGGGACUCGCAGCGGACUCUUCUCUCCAGCUGAACGUUCCAUCCGAGCUCAUGGACCCCCCGACAGCUCCCAGACACCGCCGUGCCAGCGAUAACCCACUGGACUGCGACGAGAACGAGGAUAUUUGUGACAUCUACAGUCGAGCGUUCCAGUCCCUACCCGGGAUGCGCACUUCCGACGAGCCAACACUACGUAGCGUAUCGCGACAGACAUGCGCGACGCGAUGUGCACUACGGGCCCCCGCCUGCCGUCAUUUCAGCUACCAGUCGCAGAAGCAGCUCUGUAUCCUUGGUUGUCGUCCGGGAAGUGCUUCCUGCACUCCUAGUGGGGAUCUAAUGAAGGACUCCUCGUGGUCGUUUUACUUCCUAAGUGCAAGUCGACUGGCGAGUAUCACCAACUCCGUGAUCCUGGCGCUGCAGAAUCGAGCGGCCUUCGGUGGUGUUGAGGUGCGCAACAUCAGCGAUGCGCUCGAAGGGGGCCGGUUCGGCGGCGGAGACCUGAGUGUCGGUGCCGAGCCGGCCAUUGAGAAACUCUUCGGCUCCCCGGGACCUCGACCGGCCGGCGGCGCGGCGGCGGACAUGAUUGCCAACGGCCGGACCCAGCUCCUGCCGACGGACUGCGGACGGGUGCCGCUGUCUGCCACUGCCCCAGCCCCCGUGCCGAGUAUUCUCGGCGGAGAGGCUGCGUUUCCCGGACAGUACCCGUGGCAGGCGCGCAUCCUGGUCAGGGAGGGUCACAGCUACGUGCACCGCUGCGGUGGAACCAUCAUCACCGAUAGACAUGUGCUCUCUGCCGCUCACUGUCUGAGAGACGUCUCCAUCAGUCGAGUGGAGGUGCGCGUGGGAGAGACCGACUUUGACGACCUGGGACUGUUCUCCAACUCUCUGCAGAUCUUCUCCGUGGUCAACAUGAAGUUCCACGACUCCUACCUGUCUGACCUGGCCGGAGGCACCUUCUCCAACGACAUCAUGAUGCUGCAACUGCGCCCGUCAAACGGCAGACUGAUAAAGUUUGAUGAGCUGGUGCAGCCAGCGUGCGUUCCUCGCUCGGGCCUCGAGUACCAAGGUCUUCGCCCAGCCCAAACCCUCGAGCCACCCCUUAGCUGUAACGUCUCUGGCUGGGGAAAAACGUCCCGCGAGGCCACUGUUACUUCUCCAGUCCUACGCGGAGUCGAGAUUCCCCUCGUCAGCGACAGCUACUGCGGUUCACCAGAGGCCUACGGGCGUCGUUUCCAGUCGCAAAUCAUGUUCUGUGCAGGGUUUACUGACGAGGGUGUCAACCGCGACUCAUGCGGUGGAGACUCAGGCGGGCCGCUCGCCUGUCCGUUGCUCGACUCAGGCCUGUUUGCGGUCUAUGGAGUGGUAUCUCACAGCCAUCCGAAGGGCUGCGGCCGCGAGCCGGGAAUGUAUACCAAGGUGUCGUACUUUACCGACUGGAUCCUCAGUGCUGUGGAGACCCAAGUGUGACCGGUAAAUGACAGAGUGGGAGGGUGUGGGAAGGAGUGAUGCGAUAGAUGCUGUAAACUGGAGUGAUAUGAUGUGAAGAGGAAUGGCUGACUUAUGAUGUGAACGGGAAUGAACAAAGGUAACGUGAAAUCAUCCUAAUCGAUAUCAUUGAACGAGGGCAUAUCAUGAAACGCAUUGGAUGUGGCAUAUAUAGGAAGUGUGGAUUGUUCAAUAUAUGUUCGUAUGGUUGUUCGUAUAUUCGAAACGAACGGCAAAUGCUUUAAAGUUUAAAAUAUACGUGGGC